CCAAAACUUCCCUCUCUUUCUCAUCUCUCAGACUCAAUAGGGAGACAGAGUUCUAGCGACAGAAAUGGCUUUCCGCCAGAGAUCAAUUAGUUUGCCUUCUAGGCCUCACUCUAAGGUUGAAGAGGAGCUGUGCAUCCUAGAUGCAUGCAUCUCUUCACCCUCCACGACCCUUGAUACAAUGUGUGAGGGUUUGAGGAGGCUUGCCAACAUCUAUAGCUCUAUUGAGGAGAUCAUGUGCCUUCCUAGCAACCAAGCUUUCUCCUCCCAACGAAGAAAAUUGUUGGAUGGAGAAAUGGAAUGCUCCCUUGAGCUAUUGGAUCUAUGCAACGUGAUGCAUGAGGACUUCACAGAGUUGAAGGCCAUCAUUCAAGAUAUGCAAGUGGCCCUGAGAAAAGGAGAUGAUGCAGCUGUUCAAUCCAAGACCCAAUCAUACUACCGCUUGUUGAAGAAGGCAAAGAAACAUUUCAAGACUGCAAAGAAGGUUACUUAUGAAAAGGAGGAUUGCAGGAUGGCCAGGCUAUUGAGGGAGGCUAGAGAUAUAUCAACCUCUAUGCUGGAGUCCACACUGCAUCUCCUGUCAAAGCAAAUCGAAAUGCCCAAACAAUCACUUGUUUCCAAGGCAUUCAACAAGAAGAAAGUAGUUAUUUGCGAGGAGGAGCAAUUGCAGGUGUUAGAGUGCAGCAUCAGAGAUCUUGAGAGCGGAGCAGGACAUCUGUUCAGGAAAUUGGUCCAGAGCAGAGUUUCUCUCCUCAACAUUCUUAGCUCAUAGAUACUCCAGAAUCUUCACUCGACACCCAGCGAUUGGCAUCCGCCUUUUAAAGGAUCUGCUGAUCUUUCACAUUGUAUAUAUAUAAGUAGAAAUGUACAG